UUUAUGGUUGCUCGCCUAUAGCUGCGUGGCAGCGUUAUAACUCGGGCCUCCACACAACAGGUAGCCCGUAAACGAUUACGUCAGCAAACCAGGUAGAGCGCUAAGGUUUUCGCUCCGGCUCGGGCGUGCUUGAGUUCCUGAAUCUGCCUUCAACUCGUCUGAGUUAUAAAACCAGGCCCCAGGCGUCCUGUAGGAUGGCUACUAGAAGCAAAGCUGAAGAAUGUCGCAUCUGUGGGGGCAAUCUGCAAGGCAACCAACGCCGAUGGCUUUUUGCCAGUCAGAGAAAAGGCAGUCAAAUUCACACCCCAACAGAGUCUACUAACACACUGUCUCCUUGCCCCUUGUCUCCUGCCCAGAGCAGCCCAUGGGGUAGCACUGUUUCUCUUGGUUCCUCGCAUUUGCACUACAAAGCUCAUACCUUGCCCACCCCUAAUAAAGGAAUGGACCUGCUCUCUGUACUGACACACAUAUUAGGGCAGGCUGUACCACGUGGGAAGGCAAGAGGGGAGUUUAUAUGUGGCAAGUGUGUGUCUGUACUAGAACGAGUGUUUAAGUUCGACACGGUUAUCGCCAGAGUCCGAGUGCUCUCCAGUGAGAGGCUGCAGAAACUGACUAAGGAAAGGGAUAGUCUAAGACGGUGGGUGAGAAGUAUUUACAGACAGCACCACCCAUUUGAUCUGAGGGCCAGGCAGAGUUCCAGCGAGGAGGAUGUGGAGCUGGGGGAAGGGGACAGGCACGGGGACCCAGGGGGAGCCUACAGAGAGAUGUUGAGGGAUAAUAUGGCACUCUCUGCAUAUGAGUGUUGGUCUGAAAAAUCGGACUCAUGUCCAUAUUUUAAGAGAACAGGUAAAAGAUGCAGCAAGUUGAAAAACUGUGAUUGUUGUGACUCUUUAAGGGUGUCUGACUCCGAUUACGAGUCCGUAUGCGGAGUUCCUCGUAACCUGCCGGGGCAAGCUCCCUCACCCUUAGGUUUAUCAAGAGACAAGUCCCGGAGUAUGCCCCUCCAUUGGCCUAAAACUCCAUCACUUGGUUCUAGUCCUGCCUCCUUAUCUGGGUCCUGCCAUUCAUUGCAAGCCAAAUCCCGCACACUCUCCACCCAAUCGCUGGACUAUCUGGAUGGGCCCGAUCCAUUUGAUUUCCCCGAGGAGCAGUCAUUUGUCUUAGAGUCCAUCCGUCGAGAGCUGAAGGGAAUUGAGGGAAAGCCAAUCAGGUCUCCAGCAGGAAGCCGCAUCCCAGUUUUGGGCAGGGCACAAGGAUGCACGGAUGGUGUCACUGGAUCAACUAAGAAAGGGCUAGUGCAAGUGCUGAAAUUCAGAGAGGGGGCUGAUCUGGAGGAGGAUGAGGUGGGUGGAGAGAUGGAGGAUGUUCUGACUGAACUAAGAGAUGAGUUUCUGCCACUGUGCCGAGAGGUCACUACAGGCAGAGUGCACCUUGUGGUCAGGCAGCUACGGGAGCAAUUGGAUCAAGCAAAGGCUCGCAUUAGGAUCCUAGAGGAGGGGCUUCAGGAGGGUGACCAAUCCAGUAAUGCCAGUCCAUCAGUGUCUUCACCCCCAGUGUAUCUACCCAGCAACUCCCAGAGUGAGAGUGAACUCAUUCACCACCUUAGCCAGUCACUGCAAAGCAGAGAAAAGGUCAUUCAGGAAUGUGUGACUCUGAUCCGAAAGCUGUGUGUUGAGGUGGGAGCUGGCAUACAGGACACCGAUAAACUCAUCAAGAUGACACUGGGUCAGAGCAACAUGCUCUCAGAGCGGGAGAGUGUGCUGGAGGCCCAGGUGUCUGACCUUAGAGAGAGCGAAUGCAGUGUGCAGAAAGAGCUGGAGAGCCUCCGACAGGCAGGCAGGCAGCGGGAGAGAGACCUCAUCACACUCAACAGUGUACUCCAGAGUAACCAGGAUGUCAUAAAUCAUUUGUGGGUGGAGCUGGCUGAGCGGAUGCGAUCACUGGAAGAUGUGCAGAAACAGAGGGUGGUGUGGAAAGCGCGAGAGACUGCCUUGCAAGGAGUGCUACAGGAAAAGGAGAAUGUAAUCUCCCGUCUGCAGGAGGCGCUUGAGAGCUCCCACAAUAAUGUUCAGGCCCUCUCAGAUUCACUGAUUGGUCGGGGGCUGUCAGGAAGUGGAGCCGAGGCUGCCCUGGCCAAUCAGGUACGAGAGCAGGAGUCCCUGCUUGCAGCUUGCCUGAAGGAUUGGGAAGAUCAAAGUGUCAUUAUGGGACAGGAAAUAUCCCAGCUUUCUACAGCUUUAAAAGACGCAGAGGUUGUAAUCGAGGGCCAAAGGCAAAGUCACAAACGAGCCAUGGAGGAAGUCUCAGUGCAGCUGAGAGAUGCGCGUGGGGAGCUGAGGGAGGCAGUCAAAGCACACAAACAGGCGGAACAUGCAUGGCACACUGAGAAGGUGGAGUUGGACCUGGAAGAGGCCAGGAUGAGGGAGAGUUUGCAGAAGAGGGAUAAGAUCAUAGAGCAAGUCCUCUUGGAUGCGGAGAAGCGUGAUGGAGUGCUAAUAGAACUGCACCAAAACAUCUCCAGUAAGAUUGAACCCAGAGUUGCCCUCAAACACACAUUGUAAGUGUGUUUGUCUGUGGGUGUGCAUGUGUACAAGAGAGAAAUUGACAAAUAUGCACUUUAAUAUGACUAAUGAAUGUUAUAUUUAUAAUGGGUUGGUUCCAUAAUUUGAAACACUGAAAUUUAAUCCCAAAGAGUGAUAAUUCUCUCAUUGUAUCAUCUGCAUGGCUGCUAAUCUCAGCAAUCAUCUCGGUGUCUUCAGGAUAGAAUCUUGUCCAUCACUGCUGUAUGCUGCCAGCUGAAACUGUCAAAUGUGUUUCGGCUAAUACUCUUUGCAGGAAUGGUGUUUUUCUUGUCUUGUUGUAUUUUUCUUUUCCCCCUUUUUUCAGUGCCUCCUUGAAUCACCCAAAUGUCUUUCCAAGACCUCAAGGUCAUUCUGUAUUUAUUAUUAGUUUGGUGUUAUGUCAUCUCAGGUUUUAUACUGGUUUUGUUGGUGUUUUCUUUCUUGGGUUCUGCUACAUUUAUAUAUGUCCUCAUUUUGUGUGUAAACAAUUACAUUUCCUCCAGGCCUUGGAGAGAGAGAGAGUUUAUCUAUGGUUUUCAAAAAUGGCAUUUUUUUAUUGCUUCUAUAAUGAUUCUGUUGGGUAUAUUAUUUGUGUUUUUUAAUCUAAUAGAUUUUAUUCUCGUGGAAUGUAAGAGUAUGGGUAUUUUCUUAGACUGAUAUUUAUAAAGGAGUACAACUAAAAUUCACUUGACGAUCUCUCUGGCUGUGCCUACCUGUAAUUUAACAGGUUACUUUUAUUUCACGAGAGAGUGUUUUUUCUGACCAACUUUCUGCUGUUCUUGGUAACAAUAAACAAUUUACUGACGAUGCCAAAACAA